AUGUCUAUGAAUUCUGACAUCACAGACGGGGGCGAUUUUGCUGACUCAGAUGAUGAAUUUGAGGUCGAACAAGUUUCCGAAAACCGCCAACGCUACCUAGAAGGAUUCUACUACCCUAUUUGCAUCGGCGAAACUUUGGCUGAUCGGUAUCGAAUCGAACACAAGCUGGGCUAUGGAGGCUUCUCAACCGUCUGGAUGGCAUAUGAUAUGCUGGCGAAAAAAGAUGUGGCGCUGAAGAUUAUGACGCCUGAAGAGUCAAAUGAGCAUGAAUGCAAGAUGCAGACAGACAUCGCCAGAAGCAUCCACCACGACUCUCAUCUCAUACUCUAUGAGAACACAUUUCGCCUCCGUGGAUCACGCGUUGAUUACCGAGUUCUCGUCUUGCCUUUACAAGGUCCCAAUCUUCGAGAUCAUAUCCGUCAGAAGCCGGUGGCGGUCCGGAUGUCUGCUGCAAAGCAACUCCUACAAGCCAUCAGCCGUCUCCUUGACAAUCUGAGUAGCGCGAACGUUAUGUGGAGCCUUCAGCCUAUGAACAACAGCAGUGUCGCUGCAAAAUAUGAACAAAUUGGACGCCCCAAGAAGAUCCGACUGGACCCUGACCUGUGGAGAGCGGGUGAACUAGUCAUGCCAAUGAAAGCACAAGAGAGUCUGAUUAGAGACGAUGUAUCCCUCGGAGACUUCCGGCUUGCAAUCAAAUCAUGUACUCCAGUUUCACAAAAACUACAAUCACCUGCAAUUUAUUGCGCUCCCAAAAGAGUCCAUGAUCAGGACCCGACCUUCGCCACUGAUAUGUGGAGCUAUAUGUGUAUUUUUGCAGAGUUUUAUAUGGGCUAUGCCCUUUUCUACGGGUCCGGGAACUCGUCAAUAGUAUCUUGCAUAGUUCAUUCUUUAGGACCGCUUCCUACUGCAUGGAAGGGAACUUACAAGGCAGGUGGUAUGGACAACGAUUGGUGGUACGAUCGGGACCACCAGCUGGAUCCUACGGCUUCACUCGAGGCCAAGGUAGCACGGCUACGACCAGACGUUGAUACAGCAGAGAGGGAGCUUGUCCUAUCAAUACUACGGAAGGGGCUUUCGUAUCAGCCCCAGGAUCGGCUAACUGCGAGGGAGCUGCUGGAAGAUGCUUCUUUCAAGGCACUUAUGGAGACUUACAGAGUAUAG